AUGGAUAAACCUCAAGAAGAAAUGCAAGAGGUGGGCUUCUUUGGCAUCUACAAAGAAUCUUUCAAAACCAUUUUUUCAUGGAAGAAGAUCUUCACCCAGAUCACACUAACCUUCAUCCUACCCUUGUCCUUCAUCUUUCUUGCUCAUUUUAUCAUUGCAUACAUACUCGAAUGGAGGAUCUCCCGUGCCGAAGACCAAAUAUAUUACAAUAACGUCGAUAGCGAGCGCUUCUACCAUAGGCUAUCAACUGCGUAUAUCGGGUACUGGGUAUUCAAAUUCACGUACUUGAGUUUCCUCCUCCUUUUCUCGCUUCUCUCGACAGCCGCCAUCGUUUAUACAAUCGCCUCGCUGUAUUCGGGCAACGAGGUGACCUUCAAGAAAGUCUUGAAGAUUGUCCCUAAAGUGUGGAAGAGACUAGCUUUAACUUUCUUGUGGACUUACCUUGGUUUCUUCAUGUACAAUGUCAUUGCAGGAGUGGUGUUGUGUAAAUGA